ACAACUUUUUUUUGAAAUUGUAAUUUUAUUAGCAAAAAUGGGUAAGUCAAAAUUUAGGCUUCUCAGGUUAAGUAGGUGGUCAGAGUACUGGAAUUUGGCAUAGUUGAAAUUUGGGGCUAGAAAAGAGAUUUAAUGAUGUAGAAAAGAGAUUUACACUGGCAAGGAAGGGAAAAUUAAGUACGAAGUUGUAGAAAGGUGAGGAGUUUGGGGUAGAGAGAUAUUGCUGGGAUUAAUGUGAUGUAGGUUCACUUCCCUUUUACCCAAAAGCCGGCAGGCAGCGCCUGCCGCUUCCUGCAUGAGAGAGUUGCCCAAUCUGUUUGGAGCAUUUCAGAAUUAAAGAAGGGAAAUUUGUGAAGGAAAAGAGAGAAGUCAGAGAACAAGUGGUGGUCGUGUGCAGAGAAGCAGAGGUAAGGGAGGAAGAUGUAGGGAAUAAGAGGUUAAGGCUGGAUGAGGAAGGAAAGGAGGAGAGAUGGGAGGUUGGCAAAGUUACUGAAAUAUUGCAAGAUGAGAUAAAAGCCAUUAUCAAAGACAAGGAAGGUCUUCUAGCUUCAGACGGAGUCUGAGUCUUAGUUGCUUGCAACCAUGGAUUUCAUAAAAGGUGCAUCCAGACUUGGCUUGAAAAGAACAACUCUUGACCUAUUUGUAGAACGGAAACCUUCAAAGCUGAUAAAUACGAAGAUAGUGACGAUGAAGACUCUUUAGAAGAGAAUUACACAUUGGCUGAAGCUUAUAGAUACUAUUUAGAUGACUCCUCCUCUGAAGAUAGUUUCAGUUAUUAUGACUAUGAUGAUGCUUUUGACUAUGAUUAUGAUUUCUUUUAGAUUAUGCUAAUGGGUGAUGGAGAAAGUUAAGAAACCUCAGGUUCAAAAGCUGCUACUAUUAUUCGCUAUCCUAACUUUCACCUUAAAAUUUACUAAAAAUUGUUCUG